AGAAGAAGAAGAAGGGAGAACAGACAAGAAAAAAAAAAAAAAAAAAAGAACGCAAAAGAACAAAUCCCGUGGCAAUCAAUCAAUCAAUCGAAGAGGGAUGGUGCUCCUGGGGCUAUCAGGCCGCUACUUCACGCUCGCCGUCAUCGCCGCCGUUUUCAUCAGCGGCAUCCUGUACGCCUCCUUCUACCACAUAUUCAACGGCUUGUCCUACCAGCCGAAAUCCCAGUCCCAGCUCCCGCCAUGUCGCCCCGUCAUCCCGGCCGCGGGGUCCAAUAACAACGGCGGUGCCUGUCCUGGGGACGCACCAUGGAAGUUCGAAACGGAGCGUGACGGCGAUAACUACGGCUUAAGCAGGGCGCAGUGUCAAAAGGCGUUUCCGAAGCUCUAUGUUGAGAUUGAGAAGGCGGUUGUGGCGAGGCGGGGGAGGAAUAUUACUUUUGAUGAGCUGAAUUCGAAGCCGUUGAAGACUUCGAUGGUUAGAGCUAUGGUUUAUCAGGGAGCGCUCUAUGUCAUAAAUUUCGAAGAUAUGAGAUACACCUUCAGCCGAGCAAAGGCGUCCCUAAACGCCCUCAAUCGUGCCAUAAGCGCCAUCCCAAACCCCAAUGAAAUACCCAACAUUGAAUUCAUCUUCACAACAGAAGAUUUCCACGACGACCCACACCCCGUAUGGGUGUAUUCCAAACGUGAAGACGACGGCUGGGCCUGGCUCAUGCCCGAUUUCGGCUACUGGUCCUGGCCCGAGAUCAAAGCAGGCCAAUACCGCAGCGUCCGCCAACGAAUCGCCGCCAUCGACGAAGGCACUGUGAUAAACGGCAAAGCGCACCCGCCCCUGAAAUUCCAGGAUAAGAAAAAACAGCUCCUAUGGCGCGGCGCCAUCGCCACGGCGCCAGAACUCCGCCAGGGCCUCGUCGAUGCCACAAAGGGCAAAUCCUGGGCCUCCGUGCGCCCUCUCACAUGGGCCGACGAGAAGAGCAUGCAGGAAAACUUCAUCCCGAUCGAAGAUCAUUGCAGAUACAUGUUUGUCGCUCACGUCGAGGGACGCAGCUACUCCGGCCGGGGCAAGUACCUCCAGAACUGCCGCUCGGUGAUGGUCGCGCACCAGCUGAACUGGCGCGAGGCACACCACGGCGCCCUGGUUGCUGCCGGCCCGGACGCCAACUACGUCAAAGUGAAACGCGACUUCUCCGACCUGGAGUCCAAGAUGAACUACCUACUGGACAACCCGGAUGUGGCGGAGAGGAUCGCUGAGAAUUCGGUGCGCACGUUCCGGGACCGGUACCUGACGCCGGCGGCGGAGGCGUGUUACUGGCGCGAGCUGAUGCAUGCGUAUGCGUCCAUGUGCGACUUCGAGCCGGUGCUGUAUACUGAUUCGAGCGGGGAUCCGAAUUCGGCGCGUGGUGUGCCUUUUGAGUCGUUCGUGUUGGAUUGGAAGUUACCUGAGUCCUGAGUCAGGAUGUUAAUGAUUUCUUUUCUUUUCUUUUUUUUCCCUUUCUUGCACUAUGCAUAAAAAGGGCUAGAUCUGUUAUUUAUUUUUUUUUUCUUUUCGUCCUGCUAUUUAUAUCCACACGGCUAGAGAUUUCAGGCUUCUGUACAUUUUCAUCCUGUUAAUAUCUCAUUUUCUUAUUUUUUCUUCUUCCUGUUCUGGGACGAGUGCAUUUUUUUUUCAUAUUUAUGAUGAUCUUUUCUAAUUGUCCCCGGCGCUGUGGAUCAAGGGUGUUUUACUUUUACUCUUUUCUCGAUUCUUCAAUUGUUUGUAUAUACGGCGCCUUUUUUUUAAUUUUUUUUAAUUGUUAUUUUUACCUCAUGGACAGUGUGUACAUGUAUGUACAUGUACAUCACUAGGUUCGUUGAGUGUACCGGAUAUAUUUCUGCUUAACCUUCUCCCUGAUGAUUCCCCCUGCCCUUCUCACCCCCGGUCCCAAAUGUUAUUAUUGACAUGGCAUGGCUAGGCCUGGACGAUAGAUUUUUGUUGGUACAUUGCACAGAGACACAUACAUACAUAAAAGAAUAGACAUUAAACAUACUGAUUUAACAUGC